AUGGAGGACAAUAGCCCAUACAAGGAUGCCAUUUCGGCAAUCGAUGGCUUGCUCGCAUGCUUCAUCUAUUUUGACAAGACGAGCUCCGAGACCGCGGCCACCUUUCACGAUGAUCUCUGCCAUCAAAUCGAUCGCUACUGGGAGCGCCUUCGACAAAUUACUUCUAUUGAGGCCCCACCUAGCUUCACUGCCCUAUUCAACUCUUUUAACUCUUCGAUACACUUCUAUGAGGUAGCUAUCUUCACUUUUCGCAAUGUAUUGGUUGGCGCCAAGCCAGAUACCCUGAAUGCCGUCUUCUCGCUCUGCAGUUUGUCCUACAUUGCUUCAUGCUGCCUGCGAAACCAUGAGAAUUUCCGGGACAUUGAAGUCUGGAGAAAUGCGAUCCGCGAUCCGCAAGAGCGACAAGUAUUUAGUGAUUUGGCUGCUGUCGUUUGGUCACAGGUGUCCCCAGUCUCAAUUGACGAUACCCUCAAUUCCCAGAUGCCGCCAAGCAUCAGGCCGGGGCCGCCUUCUAUUCAACUAACCGCAGCCACCCAAAUCUCAGCACCUGUACUCGACUUUAUGCAUGAUGGAUGGUUGUUCCGUGAUUUUUCCAAUGCGAAUUGGGAGCUUGAUGCGGCGCCCGAUUCGUCGGUUACAAUUGGCGUUGAGAACUGGCAACGAACUUCAAGUACGCUUGAGGACUUGCAAGGAUCAGCGAUCAUGUCUAACCUUAUCUGCUUCCUGACAGAUUGUGGGGAUCUCCUCCACGUUUUCUCGGGGCGUGGGGUAACAGCCAAGGACUUGUACUCUUGUGUCGCCUUUACUCAAGGAGGGUCUAAGGCUAAAAAUGUGGCCAACACUUGUGCGCAACGCCUAAAGAGCUAUGAUGCAUCUCAAAAUCCAGCCAUGGUAGCAAUACUAUCUAUCGUGGAGAGAUUCAUUGAGCUGGGAUAUCUCCAGAGUCCAGAGGAGCUGCGGAAGUACAUGCUAUGCGUUGGACGGUCAGUCUGCGAAUCAACGGCCACUGUUUCAAGACCGCCAACGCCUCCACGGGCAACGCCUCCCCGCGGUGGAGGUCGACGCAGAGGACCCAGAUUGAUCCCAGGCCGGUGA